GAAUAUAUUUACUGGUUUUUAAAGAACAUUCUUUGCGUCGCUACUACAUCUAAUUUGACAAAAUGUCGUCGAAUAUUUUGGUUAUAAAUAAUGUUUUUGUUUGCAAAUAGAAAAAUAGAAAUAGUUUUACGUGCACGAAUAUCAGUGAAAGUUAAAUAAAAUGUCAGCUUUACAGAAGAGUAUAUUGAAAAAUAAAUUGCCACCUAGAUGCCCUAAAACUUCUGGCAUAUCGAAAUUAGCUCCAUUCGGUGGAGGACGUCGUAAAGAUUACACUCCCAUAUCCUGGAAAAAAUAUUUCGAGAGGUACUUAGAUGUGGAAACAGAGGGUGGUGUAUUCAGAGUGUACUUAUCACCGGAACCUGAUCAUCCCAGCCGGCCGAGGAUUAUCACAUUACAUGGAGGAGGUUAUUCAGGAUUGAGCUGGGCUCUGUUUGCUGAGGAAGUGACUAGUAUGGUCCACUGCCAGGUCAUAUCAAUGGAUAUAAGAGGACAUGGUGAAACCAAAGCCAAAGAUCCUGAAGAUUUAAGUAUAGACACAUUAGUCAGGGACGUGGAACAAGUACUGCAGAAGUUGUUUUGUGAGGACCUACCGUCCCUGAUUCUGCUGGGGCAUUCAAUGGGCGGAGCUAUUGCUGUCCGGGUGGCACACUUGCCGUCCUUGCAGCCCUGCGUGCAAGGGCUGGCUGUCAUCGACGUCGUCGAAGGAACCGCAAUGGAGGCUUUAGCUAGCAUGCAAAGCUUCUUACGAGGGAGACCCACACAUUUUAAGAGUAUUGAACAUGCUAUUGAAUGGUGUGUGAGGAGUGGUCAAGUGAGGAAUGUUGACUCAGCACGAGUGUCUAUGCCUAGUCAAAUUGUAAACUGUCAGACAGGUGAGCUGGCCAUCAACGAAGUAGAUUCAUACGUACCGGACAGCAACCCGUCAGGCCCCGAGCCCACGAGGCACACCCCUCGAGCUGACUCCAUCGCUGAGGAGGAUGAUGAGAGCAGUGAAGAACCGCCGCCCCCGAGUGAUGGGUUCGUGCGACCGGCCGCAGUUGGAGAUGGAAACUCAUCUAUGAAGUACAAAUGGCGUAUCGACUUGUCUGCCACUGAGCGGCACUGGGCGGGCUGGUUCCGCGGACUGUCCGCCGCCUUCCUGGGAGCACCAGCACCUCGCCUGCUGCUACUCGCCGCGCUCGAUGGCCUCGACACCGAGCUGGUGGUGGGCCAGAUGCAAGGUAAAUUCCAAAUGCAAGUAUUAUCAAGGUGUGGCCACGCGGUGCACGAAGAUUCGCCCGGAGAGGUGGCGCGCGUGAUAGCGACGUUCGCACUUCGCCACCGGCUCACAACCACCACCGAUCACGGGGAGGACAUGAAUAUCACUGGAUUCACCAUGCCCGGCUGCUGAAUACUGUCGCUCAUUCAUUCCGUCACCCACUUCAUAAUACAGAUAGAUGUAAUCAUGUACAAGUGUAUAUGUUAGUGAGUAUGCACUCAAUCAUUGGGUAACUCACUCCGUUACUCACUUUAUAAUACAGACAGUUGUACUAAUGUGCACUCACACAUUUAUACUUUCACUCACUACAUAACACAGAUGUACUGAUGUCUGAGUGUAUGUGUGAGUGAGUACUCAUAUAAGGUACCUUAUAUUAUUCAUAUAAGGUUAUCGUAUAUUUCCCUUCCGCUUCUUUGCUCUUUAUUCAAUGCUUCAUAAAAAGUGUUACAGUGAUCGGAUUUAGUUCAAAUAUGCGCCGUUUUGUUCGAUAAUCUGUUUCCAUCUAGACGGCAACUUCAUAAUAUCCCUCUCAUAGAAGCCCCCCUCCUUAUUUGCAAAGAAUUCGGACUACCACUUUUCACAAGCCUCUUUGAGUUCAACUUUACAUCACCAAGGGCGUUCGCCAUGGACAGGAACAGGUGGUAAUCACUUAGCGCUAUGUCCGAGCUAUAUGAUGGAUGCGAUAAAACUUCCCGAGCUCCCGUAGUUUCUGACGAGUCAUCAACGAAGUGUGUGGUCUGGCGUUGUCCUGGUGGAACACUACACCCUUCCUGUUGGCCAAUUCUGGACGCUUCUGGUCGAUCGCCUGCUUAUAUUUAUAGUAUUGCCAGAUACGAGCUCUGUAUCGCUUUGUACAUAGCCGCGAAAUUCAAAAGACAAAAAGGCGGAAGGGAGAUAUUUGAAACCUUAUAUUACACUAAAAACAGUUGUGCUAAUGUGCACUCACUCAUUGAUUCUCUCACUUACUACAUAAUAAAGAUGUACAGAUGUCUGAGUGUAUGUGAGUCAUUCAUUCAUUGUCUAUCUCUGUCUAUUGCUCACUUUAUAAUACAAACAGUUGUAUUCAUGUACACUCACACAUUCUGUUACCAUCAGGUGAGCGGCAUGCUGGUUUGUUUCGUGUGUUAUAAAGAAAAACCAAAUAAUUAAGCCAGCCAUAAGACAGUCUGCUAAUUUGUAAUAGGAGCACAAAAAAUACGAAUAAUUAAUUGGAUUUUACAAAUUAUUACUAAUUUCAAUUUUGAAAGUGUUUCUGCUAUAAUUUCCGAACGAAAUUUUGUUAUCUUUCCAUUUAGUUGUAUUGGAAUAAAUUAUACUUUUUACUUAUUUAUACUGUAAUCAUGUAUUACAUGUAGUCAAUAGUUUUUUUUUUUAAUUGAUGAUAAUGGAAUGGUUACCCCACUUGCGUUAACGAUAUGCGCUGGCGGGCCAUCAGUGAGGGGUGACAGGUGAGAAUGAAAAGGCUGGUCAGUUAGCCCAUCGUGAUGAAUAUACAUGGAAUUCAGCAUGAUGGUUUCCAGGGAGGACCACGUGGAGGUCGACCUGACAAGAUAUAUUGCUAAUCAGUAGUUGUACCGACUUGUCACUGGCAACAACAUUGUACAAACAUUUGUACAUAUGAACUUAAUAUUUUUAGUUAAUCAUUACAAUCAUUACUUCAAUCAUCGAAUAUUGAUUCAUUACGUACUUUUAAAUGUUAGUAAAAUUAGAAAUUAAAUUAAAUUUAAUAAAAGAAAUCUGUCUAUAGAAUUAUUAUCAAGUAUGUAGGAUCUAAACUAAUACAGGGUACGGAGGCAAUAACACCGUAGCCCUCAGGAAUGACGACCCAUGAAUGUAUUGUGGGCGUCAUAGUGUAUUCUGUGACUGCCAAGGUGCGGCUCGUGUUUAUAAGCGACGGCUGUCGCUUUCCAUCGGGCGGGCCGUCAGCUUGUUUGUUAUUCCAACUCACAUAGAUAGAAGAAGUGUUUUAUGACAGUUAUUGUCGUGAUAAUAAUAUUAUUUAUAAUUUUAUAUUUUUAUAAUUUGCCUUAAUUUGCAUAUUCAUAUAAAUAUGGAAUGUAACAGUAAAUCUGCCUCUAUCUACCCUAUCUCGGAUUAGUCGUGAAUAUAUUUAUUUUUUUAAUUAAUAAGGUGACAAUUCUAUGUCUAAUGUUUUAGUUUCGUUGAAAACGCACUUGUCUGUUUUUCAAGUUUGUUUUUGUUUGGAAAAAACAUCUUAAUUUAUUAAGUUAUUAUAAGUUUCUUUUUUAAUGCAUAAAGGAUGGAUGAUGCACUAGUUUAUGUAAACGGUGUCGACAGCGGGGCACCAGUGGAGGAAGGAACCAUGUCUGAUGAAGUCUGUUAGUCUUAUUGUGAAGAAUUUACCACGAAUUAACCUGGAUGGUGUCCAGAGGGGACCGCGUGGAUGUCGAUCUGUGUACUGUAUACAGUAUAUUCUUAGUAAUAGGAUUUAGUGCCCUCAUUACAUAGGAGUUGGUAAUAUAUGGCAUUAUCUAUAUAUUUUAGUUACAAUAACUAUAUAUUGGUCCAAUAACGAAUAUGUUAAAAGACUGUUCGUCAAAAAAUUAUAUAUAUUUGAAAAUAGAUAUCCGACUGAUAUGGGUGAUAUCGAAAUGGGUGAAGACCUUUUUCCCGCCAUCUAAUGUCUAGAGAAACCCAAUAUUGGAUCGGUAUCCAUAUUUUUUUUUAAUAGGUGAAAAUGGAAUGGUAACCCCGCCUGCGCUAUCGGUUGACGCUAACGGGGCACCAGUGGAAGAUGAUAGGUGAGAAUGAAUGCAGGUCAGGUGGCCCACCAUGAUGAAUUCGACAAGAAUUAAACAUGAUGGUUUCCAGGGGAAACCGCGUGGAGGUCAACCUGAGAGGGUAUACUCGUAUUGCUAGUAAUGGGGUUAUUAGACCCCAUUACUAACAAUCCCUUUCCCCCAUCGGUAUCCAUAUUACCCCUGCCUACUAUCCCUUCCUCUUAGUUAUUACGUGCUGAGUUUAAAAUUGUAUUAACUGCUUAAUUCGCUUUUUUCAUGUGUUAUUUUCCGUCCGCGUCACAAUAGAAUGUUCUAGGCUCAAUAGAAGGUAAUAUAACGUUUAGCUAAUUAACAAUUAAACGUACUAUCGCGUUUAUAGUAUCUUUGAAAUUGUAAAACGAGACGAUGUUAUUUAUUUUUUGGGAGAAUAAUAUAAAUACAGUAUUUUGAACUCGAAAA